AGGCACAUUAGGCCAGGCACUAGAGUGCGGGGGGGAACUGCUGCCAGCACCUGGCUUCAGGUACCAGGGCUGCCGCCCCCUGCCCGCCCCCAGCACUGGCUGACGUCUGUUACUACGACAAAUCAGAUGCCAGGCCGCGGUGCCCCGGGGGAAGCUCUGGUGAAGGCUACACAUCGCUGCUAUCUGCGCUCCCCCCCCUAUUUCCCUGUGCGGAGUGGUUUCACCCUGUGCUCUGCUGUGAGGGCAGGAAGAGGCUUCUCCUCUUCAUCUCUAUCUGGUACCCAGAGUCCCAGCAGCAGCAGCAUCCUCAUCCCAGCAGCAUCCUCCCACAGAGGCGCAUCACUGAGACCUACAGCCACAUCCUCCGGGCACCAGGACCCGAAUGAGCUGCUGAGAUUUUGAUAUCACCGGGAGAAUAUUGCGCUCUUGAAAAGCAUGAGAAUAAGGAGAAGAGAGAAUAUUAUAAGAAAUACAGAGGAAUGUCCAUAGGUUCAGCAGCAGUCUUAUAGAGGAGCUGUCCAGGCAAUGUGGAGCUGAAACCGUACACUUCUGCAGGACAGUAGAAAUAUAGAGCUUAUUCCCUCCUUUUAUAACUUUAACAUUGCAGUCACACAGUCUGAGUUAACAGGUCUUUAGCGGUCACCAUGGACGACGGAUUCAGAGAUCGGACUGCUUUUAUACGAGGAGCUAAAGACAUAGCCAAGGAGGUUAAGAAACAUGCGGCUAAGAAGGUAGGGAAAGGUGUAGAUAAGGUUCAAGAUGAGUACACCAAGCGUUCUUACACUCGGUUCGAAGAAGACGAUGAUGAUGAUUACCCACCACAGGAUGGAUACUACCGGGGGGACCCUCUAAAUGAUGAUGAAGGAGGUUCCAGUGAUGCCACAGAAGGUCAUGAUGAGGAUGACGAGAUUUACGAGGGAGAGUAUCAAGGCAUCCCCAGGGCAGACUCCAUGAAAGGUGACCAACUUGUCGAUGACCAACAGCUGGUCACAGAAUUCAAGGACUUUGAAGAUUUGGAAGGGCAGAAAAAGAAGGACAAGGAGGAGCUGGCCCAGCAGUACGAGAUAAUCCUCCAAGAGUGUGGACAUGGCCGAUUUCAGUGGACUCUCUACUUUGUGUUAGGACUUGCCCUCAUGGCAGAUGGGGUGGAAAUUUUUGUAGUUGGGUUCGUGUUGCCAAGUGCGGAGAAGGACAUGUGUUUAUCUGACUCCAACAAAGGCAUGCUGGGUCUCAUUGUGUACCUGGGUAUGAUGGUGGGGGCAUUCCUGUGGGGCGGAAUGGCCGAUCGCAUCGGCAGAAAACAGUGUCUCCUCAUCUCCCUCUCUGUCAAUAGCGUCUUUGCCUUCUUCUCCUCCUUCGUUCAAGGUUAUGGGACCUUCCUGUUCUGCAGACUUCUGUCUGGAGUGGGGAUUGGGGGAUCCAUUCCCAUUGUUUUCUCCUACUUCUCUGAGUUCCUGGCCCAGGAGAAGAGGGGAGAACACCUGAGCUGGCUGAGCAUGUUCUGGAUGAUAGGGGGUAUCUAUGCCUCCGCCAUGGCUUGGGCCAUCAUUCCCCACUAUGGAUGGAGUUUCCAGAUGGGCUCAGCGUACCAGUUCCAUAGCUGGCGGGUGUUUGUGCUGGUCUGCGCGUUUCCUUCUGUGUUCGCCAUCGGGGCGCUAACCACCAUGCCGGAAAGUCCGCGCUUCUACCUAGAGAAUGGGAAACACGAUGAGGCCUGGAUGGUUCUCAAACAAGUCCAUGACACCAACAUGAGGGCCAAAGGCCACCCAGAGAGGGUCUUCUCUGUCACACAAAUAAAGACCAUCAAACAGGAAGAUGAGCUCAUUGAGAUCCAGUCAGACACAGGGACGUGGCACAGGCGCUGGAUGAUUCGAAUCCUCAAUUUGUCACAGCAGGUUUGGGCUAAUUUCCAGCAGUGCUUUGCCCCAGAAUACCGACGCAUCACGCUCAUGAUGAUGGCCGUCUGGUUCACCAUGUCUUUUAGCUACUAUGGACUGACGGUUUGGUUCCCAGACAUGAUCAAACAUCUGCAGAACAUUGACUACGCUUCCCGCACCAAGUUCUUCUCCAAUGAGAGGGUGAUCAGCUUCAAUUUUAACUUCACUCUAGAAAACCAGGUCCACAAAAAUGGAGAAUAUCAAAAUGACAAAUUCAUCGGCCUCAAGUUGAAAUCCGUCAUCUUUGAAGACUCCUUGUUUAAGGACUGUUACUUUGAAGACAUUACAUCUAGUAAUACUUUCUUCAAGAACUGCACAUUCAUAUCAACAAUGUUCUACAACACAGAUUUGUUUGACUACAAAUUCAUCAAUAGCCGCAUUGUAAACAGCACGUUCCUGCACAGUAAGGAGGGCUGCCAGCUGGACUUCACAGAUGACAUCAAUAAUGCCUACAUGAUCUAUUUUGUGAGUUUCCUGGGGACUCUGGCUGUGCUUCCAGGCAAUAUCGUGUCCGCCUUGUUGAUGGACAAAAUCGGACGUCUCCGUAUGCUGGCUGGGUCCAGCGUCAUGUCCUGCAUCAGCUGCUUCUUUCUGUUCUUCGGGAACAGCGAGUCUGCCAUGAUUGCCUUGCUCUGCCUCUUUGGGGGUGUCAGUAUUGCCUCCUGGAACGCCCUGGAUGUCCUGACGGUGGAGCUCUACCCCUCUGACAAAAGAACGACUGCCUUCGGAUUCCUGAAUGCCCUUUGCAAACUGGCCGCCGUCCUGGGAAUAAGUAUUUUUACCUCCUUCGUGGGGGUGACCAAAGCAGUGCCUAUCCUAUUGGCAUCUGCAGCAUUGGCACUGGGUAGCUUUUUAGCCCUUAAGCUACCGGAGACACGGGGUCAGGUGCUUCAGUGAGAUUUACCCAUGUAACAAAUAGAAUAGAUUUGUAGACACUGUGAAAUGUCUUUUAUUUUUUGGGACCCUUUUUCCAUAACUUCCUCCCAAAAUAUUUGGUAAAAUAAUAUGCAUAUGUCUCAUUGGAAAUGUGUUAAUGUUUGCACUAUCCCUGAUUUGAAAGCUCCUUCCAAGAUCAGUUUGUGGUCUAGAGUCCAUAGACUUUGUUUUAGGUAGCACUCUGUUAGCAAGACACUAUUUUGUGUACCUGAUGCCACAAGACAUCGUAAAGGCCCUACUAUGUGCACUUGGUAGGACUAUACAUGAAGCAGUGCCUAUUAUGUGCAUUUGGUGGGACUAUACAUGAAGCAGUGCCUAUUAUGUGCACUUGGUAGGACUAUACAUGAAGCAGGGCCUGUUAUGUGCAUCUGGUAGGACUAUACAUGAAGCAAAGCCUAUUAUGUGCACUUGGUGGGACUAUACAUGAAGCAGUCCUAUUAUGUGCACUUGGUAGGACUAUACAUGAAGCAGUCCUAUUAUGUGCACUUGGUAGGACUAUACAUGAAGCAGGGGCUAUUAUGUGCCCUUGGUGGGACUAUACAUGAAGCAGCGCCUAUUAUGUGCUCUUGGUAGGACUACAUGAAGCAGGGCCUAUUAUGUGCACUUUGUGGGACUAUACAUGAAGCAGUCCUAUUAUAUGCACUUGGUAGGACUAUACAUGAAGUAGUCCUAUUAUGUGCACUUGGUGGGGCUAUACACAAAGCAGGGCCUAUUAAGUGCACUUGGUAGGACUAUACAUGUAGCAGGUCCUAUUAUGUGCACUUGGUGGGACUAUACAUGAAGCAGUGCCUAUUAUGUGCACUUGGUAGGACUAUACAUGAAACUAAGCCUAUUACGAGCACUUGUUGGGUCUAUAUGUGAAGCAGGGCCUAUUAUGUACACUUGUUGGGACUGUACGUGAAGCAUGGCCUAUUAUGUGCACUUGGCAGGACUAUACAUGAAGCAGUGCCUAUUAUGUGCACUUGGUGGGACUAUACAUGAUGUAGGGCCUAUUAUGUGCACUCGGUGGGACUAUACAUAAUGCAGCCCUAUUAUGUCCACUUGAAGGGACUAUACACGAAGCAGCCCUAUUAUGUUCACUUGGUAUACAAAUCCAAAAGAUAGCUUAAGUCUAUUGCUAGACGCAAAAAUAUCUUUAUUGCAACCACAGUGCAUUUGUGGCCACAGUGCCAAGUGUCUUCUCACAUGGUUCCUCUAGAAAUAAAUGGACUUGGAGAGCAAGAUCAGACCCCAGUAUCGAACCCCAACUUAAUGCCCCCAAAUCUAGCAUCUGUUAUUAUUUAUUCUAAAUUGGAUUGAAAGUUUAAGAAAAAUCCAGUCUCUAAAUCUAUAGAUAAGCUCAGUCUGAUCCAGAAAGCACAUAAGAACCAGCUCAUAAUGAGAAACAAAUGAAACAUUCCAUGAAACUGUGACACAUUCCAUGAAGAUAUAACACAGUAAUGAGGUUUUUUUAAAAAUUUUGCAUUUAAAAUUGAUCAAUAAUAUUUGCACAACGAUAAUGUUUAAUUUCAUGGGAUCGACUUGAUUCCCCAUUAAUGCAAAGGGUGUGGCCUAAUGGACUAGGGGUGUGGCUGCUCCAAACUGGAUCUCUGGGUAGGUCCAAGCGUAGCUUUGAGGGAUCGGGGCUGUGGCUAUUUUUUGCCCCAGUUACGUGAAGUCACCAAUCUCGGUAUGCAUUUGUCCAAAGCAUAAUGAAAGCACAAUUUAAAAAACAACAGAGAUAACUAUAAGAAGACCCCGUUGAUUACACAUACAACAUAAUUUUCAGUAACUCUUGAAUGAAAAUAUCAUAUAUGUAUCUAGAGCUUUCCAAUUUAUAGCAUAUAAUGUAAAUGUUGAGGUACAUAACAACAAAAAAACUCUUUGUGGACAAUAUUGACUGUUGGUUGUAAAAUCUCAAUUUGUCCACUAAAACAUCAUAGGCCAAAUGUAAUAGAGUGAGAGUUUCAAAAAGUGAGCGAUUUGGUAAGGUUUCGCAGUUUUUUUUUUUAAAGUGGCAAUCAUUUACACUGCAAGGUCAACCUGGUUUUGCAGUGUAAAUGAUUGCCACUUUAAAAAAAAACAAAACCUGAAAAGCUUUACCAAAUCUCUCACUUUCUGAAACUCUCACUCUAUUACAUUUGUCCUCCCUGUGUGUGUACUGCUAAGAUAUACCUUGUUUAUCCCUUACAGACCCUGUUGAUAUAUUAAUGUAUGUCUAAGGCUGUUGUCUAUUGUUCUGUGUAGUCCUAGGGAUUAAGCAUCUCACAAAUUGUAAAUAUUAGUAAAUGUUCUUCAGAAGCAAAUUAAUCAUUUAUAUGGGCCUCCUGCCACCACAUAUUAUAUUCUUUAAUUAGUGUAAACCUAGUCAUAUCGUAGAAUAGUUGAACUUAUUUUACAUUUUUUUUUAAAUGUACUUUUUCAAGCGGGUUCUUGGAGGUGAGGAACCUUUUAUGUAAGAGAACGUCCUGAGGUAAAUCUCAGCAGAGGGUCAUUGUAUGUAUCCAGAAUGGUCUAUAUGUCCCUCACCAAGCGGCAGCCAUCUUGUCUCCAAAAAAGUGCAUGCCUAUUGAGUGCCAUAUCCUUGAGGUGGCGGCCAUAUUAGUAGACAUAUAUCACUGUAAAAAAAUCUAAUAAAUAUAGGUUUAUUUAUAUAAAACAGUAAUUUUUUUCCACCAUGUGUAUAAUAUUGUAAAUAUCUAGAUAUAUAUGUGCAAAUUACAGUGACAUGACCUGCUUGUUCUUUAUUCAGUAUAACAAACCUGAUAUUUGCUUACAACGUGGACUUAUCAGCAAGAUAUCAACAUGCCAUGUGCACUAAGCUUCCCAAAAUUGGGAGCCCUUGCUUCUUGUUCUGUGACCUCCACUGGAUAAUUCUCUGAGGAGAAACCGCAUGCCCACAUCAAAAUUUGUUGAAAUUUUUACAGAAGGUGGGCUUUAUACUGGUCAUGCCUGUGUUUAGACUGUGAUGCCAUACAUCAAGGACUACAAUGGAAUGAGUUAGACUGGUGACCAUUUGAGGUCCACCAUUUAAACACUUCAGAUCUACAGUACGAUAUGAAGUCAAGAGUUGACUUUUGCCUGGACCGAUAGACCGAAUUGAUAAAUUUUAACCACUCUGAAGUCCUGCUUUGGUAACGUUCUCUCAGACUUUUUGUCAAAACUUACUUUAUGGGGAAAAAAACACUUAUUGCAGACUUUUAACCAACGGCAAAACACUAACCAAGUCUUCUGCUGCUGCACCAGGCCUCGCAGCCUACCAUGGAUCAUACGUUGUAACUUGUUGUAACUGAGCUUAAUGGCUUGAUAGUCUACGUAGCACAAAGCUGGUGUCAAACAUGACUACUGUGUGACACACAAGUUACACAAGACAAAGCAACAUGGCCAGUAGAUUAGUAUAAAUUGGAAAAGCAGAGUAUGAGUCUUUUUAUAGAACACAAGAGGUUUUAAGCAACAAAACUAGACCAGACAGCAAGCACAAAAGAUAACAUAUUAGUACAUAAUAGUAUAUUCCUCGCCUUGGACGCUUAAUCUGUGAUUUCUUUGUGUGUUGGUACUAAUUGCAAUUGGUCUGAUUUAUGUAUUUUGCAAUUCUGUAUGCAGGUCAUUCUAAGCAAAACUAUGUACUAAAUUGUACAAAAAUGUAAAAAAAAAAAAAAUGAAAAAGAAAAAAAUUGAAUUAUUUUUCAAUGGUAGGUAGUAAUUGUACGUAACAAUGCCAUAUCUUGAUCCCUGUGUAGUGGCCACGUAUGUUAGUAACUAGGAUCGCUAAUGUAAGUAGCGUUAACAUGUUAGUAAAUAAAUAGGACAUUUUUGAGAAAAAAAAAUCUUUGUAGAUUUCAAGCAUCAGAUGUCUACAUUGCUCGGACAGCAGUACUGCCCUCAUACAUUUUGUCCUGGUAAAAUGUUUCCUUUUUUUUUAUUAUUUUACAAAAUUUUCAUUACUAUACUGACCAGAUGAAAUCACAAAAUACCAAAUGAUCAGUUUUGAAAGUACUGAAACGCACUUAGAAAACAGAGAAGAGUUUUACAAUUAAAGCAAGUGUUUAAGCUAAACACGACUGGCCAGCAUGUUCAAGGGGGACUAGAACUUUGGUAAACUUUCCAUGCAUUGUCAAUAUGGCGACAUUUUUUAAUAGUUAGUGAUCAUAAAAGUUAUUAAAGAGAAUUUUGAAUAUUCACCAAUAGGAAGCUGAAUUACGAAAUCACUUGAACAUUCAGGUGACCGUUCCCAAUCUUUGAAAGAAGGUCUCCUCUACUCAUCCUAAUGAACUGUCCCUUAGACGUGUCUGUUUUAAAGCCUCUUUUGACCUCAAGAGCAUGCGUUAGAUUGGGAGACAUGCAAAUCUGAGCAAUGACUGCUCAUCCAUCUUUGUAACAGGGUUUAAUAUAAAAAAUGUUCCAAAGAGACUGUUUCCUGUGGAUGACGAAACUCUCGCUAACCCGACAUCUGUGAUGUGAAACCUACUUUUGCGCAUACACAUUAAUCAGACCACACACUGCAUAAUCAUUAUAUCCAUAUACUGUAGAUGUUACCAAAUGGUAAAAAAAUAAAAAUAAAAACUUUGAAAAAAUUGUUCUACGACAAAGAUCGGUGCAUUGCUAAAUAGAAAUCUACAUUGGGAGAGGCAAUAUCAAAAUUCUUGGCACCAGGAAGCAAAUCACGGUGAGAAUUUACAACUGGGAACCCAACGGCUAAAUGGCGACUCAAAAGAUGCAAACCACUGGUAAUACGCUAUUCUUUGUCAGUUUUAUAAAUAACGCAGUCUAUAUGUACUUGCAAAUGCAUUGUACACCGAGUUUUUUUGGGAAUUAGACGAAAUGAACUUGAAUCUACUUUGGCCUCCAUGUUAAAAAUCACUGAUGCGGUGAAACGUACAUUUGUAGCUCUCACUCCUGUUGAACCACACGGGAACAGCAACACGUUACUUGAAACGAACUACAACAGGUAACUAAAUAAAAAAGACUGCACAAAAUAGAUAUCGGACAAACCGCUUAAUUGUCAUCAGCUUGUCAUGACCAACAUUGUGACAAUCAGUUUGUGUGCCGUGUAUACGUCAACUGUCAUUUUUUGCCAAAUAUUUUUAUACAUUUUCAGUUUAUUUUUAUUUUUUGUCUUCUGAAAUAUUUUGUCUUACCUGCUGUACUAAUGUGUUCUACAAUAACUUAUGAUGCAAUAGUUGUAGAUGUGUUUUAGGGUAUGAUAACACAAUAAAGAUGGAGGGAGUAGUGGCUGGGAGGUCAAUCACGGUAGAAGCUAAAACAAUUCACAGUAUGCAAUAAUUAAUAGAUUGGAAGGGUUUAUUGCCAUUUUGUCAAGCGGGUCAACUAUUUUUGUUUGCACCAACUGCGCGUUUCGCCAUAGGUACAAGGAUUCCAGCUAACCUUUUUGAAAGAAAGCUAUGGUUAUUUGACACACAUCAUUUUUACAACUAAAGCUCUUGCUAAUCAGUAGAUCUACAUUUAGAGAUCUAAGCUGGGCAUGUAAUAGACUGAUUGCUCAGCUUGAAGCUAGUGGCGCGUCUAGUUGACAACACAACUUGUUACAAGACAACUUCUGACCUAAAGGCACCUCCAGCUACGUACUCCUCCAGUCUCCAGUUUAAUAAUUAGUUUUUUCGUCCUCUAUCCAUUUUUUGUAGUAGUUGGUCUUCACAUAUGUAAUUCUGUCUGUUUAUCAAACUGUACUGUGGUGUAGUUUUUAGAUGUUUGUAAAGAACAGAGGUAUGAAAAAAAAUACAAUUUUCGUCUUGGAAACUGAUCAGUUUUUAUUGUCUAUUCGGAAAUGAAUAGUUAUAUGAGAGAUGUUUUGUUGUCAUGCUGAUAUGGUGCUGUGAAAGGUGUGUGAGACUCCAAGUGCUCCCUGGAAAAUCUGUAACUUCUAUUGUGCAAGAAACUAUUUCCAGCGUGAGCAACAAUAUCAAUAAAUAUAUGUCCACAAGUA